CAUUUGGCUUUACGGAGCCUGCGCAAAGCUGCGGGCUCCUCCGCCUGUCCUGUGUGUUUCCACUGUUGUUUGAAGCAAGCGGAGAGAAAACUGAGAUUUUUUUCUCUGUUUUAAAGCAUAAAACAAUUAAGUUUCGGUUUAUUUCACUCUGUGAUAGAAAAAAGACAAAUAGAAAAGGAGGGAAAAGCUGUAAAAUACGAGGUCAGACAAGGAAAGAGGCGGAGAGGAGGACUGGGAGGAGAGAUUUAGCUCAGUGGAAAAAUGCUACGGAUUUGAUAAAAGAUGUCUGCCGUCAGCAUGGAAGCAACAAUCAUCCUCCCCAUCCUCAAGAAGAAGCUGGCCUUUCUGUCAGGCGGCAAAGACCGGCGCAGCGGUCUGAUCCUGACCAUCCCCCUCAAUUCAGAUCAGACCAGCAUGGAGGAGCUCAGUGCCACUUUGGACUACCUGCUCAGCAUCCCAAGUGAGAAAUGCAAAGCUCGGGGUUUCACCGUCAUCGUAGACGGACGGAGGUCCCAGUGGAACAUUGUGAAGACAGUGGUUCUCAUGCUGCAGAAUGUAAUUCCGGCAGAGGUGUCGCUUGUCUGCGUAGUGAAGCCAGAUGAAUUCUGGGAUAAGAAGGUCACGCACUUCUGCUUCUGGAAGGAGAAGGACCGCUUAGGUUUUGAGGUGAUCCUGGUCUCGGCAAACAAGCUGACUCGUUACAUUGAACCCUGUCAGCUGACAGACGAUUUUGGAGGAACUCUGGACUAUGACCACAACGACUGGCUCAACAAAAGAUUGGUUUUUGAAAAGUUCACCAAAGAGUCGACAUCGCUGCUGGGCGAGCUGUCGGUCAUCAAUGACGGAGACAAGACCAGAUCUGUGGACAAAGAGAAACCUGCAGAUCCGGUGCUCAUGCCGUCCUUUGACCCGGAGACUGUCCUGCAGACCGGACACGAGCUUCUGUCGGAGCUGCAGCAGCGUCGCUUUAACGGUUCUGAGGGAGGAGGAGGAGGAGGGCAGGCAGCUCCUGCUUGGUGCCCCAUGGAAGAGGAGCUGCUGGCUCAGCCUCAGGUGAUGAAGCUGCUGGACUCCCUUAGGGAGCAGUACACCAGAUACCAGGAGGUCUGCAGGCAGCGAAACAAGCGCACCCAGUUGGAUGAGAUCCAUACCAAAGUCAUGCAGGUGGUCAACUGGCUGCAGGGUCCUGGAUCGGAGCUCCUGAAGAACCACCAAGCCAUCGGAGACUCCAUCCGAGCAAUUCAGGCGCUGCAGCAAAAACACGAGGAGAUUGAGAGCCAGCACAGUGAGUGGUUUGCCGUCUAUGUGGAGUUGAACCAGCAGAUUGCUGCCCUGCUCAGUGCCGGGGAGGAAGAAGAGGUGGCGGAGCUAAAGGCGUUGCAGCAGCAGCUCAGUGACGUCUGCUACCGUCAGGCGGCUCAGCUGGAGAACCGCCAGAACGUCCUGCAGGCGGCCCAGACCUUCCACGGCACCACACAGGAGUUAUCACAGCAGCUGGACGGUCUUCUGAGCAUGCUCUGUGCUGACGUGGCUCCAGCCGACGAAGCAUCCAUUCAGCAGAACCUCAAGCUUCUGGAGGAGAAACUACAGGCUGUCGAGGCAGGUCUGACCUCUCUGCGGCAGAAGGGAGGAGUGUUGCUGGAGCAGAUGUGCAGCCAGUCGGCGUGGUCUCUGGAGGAGACGGAGAGCCCGGCUGGAGAGCAGCAGGACAAUGUUCAGCAAAUUCAGUCCGUCAUGGAGGAAAUGCAGCUCCGCAAACAGAGGUGUGAGGACAUGGUGGAUGUGAGGAGGCUGAAGAUGCUUCAGAUGGUCCAGCUGUUCAAAUGUGAAGAAGAUGCUUUACAGGCUGUCGACUGGCUCAGCGAGCUGCUGGACGCUCUGCUGAAGACCCACGUCAGGCUGGGCGAUGACUCCCAGGAGACCAGGACCAUGUUGGACAAGCACAAGAAGUUUGUGGACGUCGCUCAGAGCACCCACGAUUAUGGCCGUCAGCUGCUGCAGGCCACCGUGGUCCUCUGCCAGUCGCUGCGCUGCACCACCCGCUCGUCCGGGGACACGCUGCCCCGACUCAACCGGGUCUGGAAGCAGUUCACCGUCAGUGCCGACGAGCGGCAGCAAAGACUGGAGCUGGCCCUGAACUUUCACACGGUCACUGAGAAGGUUCUGCAGCAGGAGAGCGUGGAGCUGGACUCUCUGGAUGAGGUCGAUUCUUCAGGGAAAGCGUUGCUGGACCGACUCACCAUGCCCAUCAUCUUUCCCGAUGGGAGCGAACAGUUCUUUGGGAGUCCCAGUGAAACUGCCGCAGCAGCAGAGGGGGUCAGAGAGCGCCUCCUGCUGGUGGAGGAGCGGCGCCUGCAGCUGCAGGAGGCUCGGCUUCACAAUGAGGGGGGGAGGGAGGAGGAGGAGGAGGACGUGCCUAACGGCCAGGAGGGGCGGCUGGACGUCAUCGGCGAAGAACUGAGUGAGAAAGAGGAGGGAGAGGAGGAGACGGAACGACAGAACGACGACUCUGAAAGAGAGAUCCAGGAUUGCUAAUGGAUCCGCGAUGAAGAGCAAAAGCUUUACUCAGAGAGAGAGAGGAAGGGCUGUCAAUCAGCCCCUUCACCUCUGAGAGAGGAGCGCCCCCUGCAGGUAGCUGCAGCGUACGUUUGCUGACUGUUGGAAUUCCUUCCACUGAGUCCACAUUACUCCUCCGCCUUAAUGCUUCGUCUCCUCAAAAAGGAUGAAUGGCUCGAGUUUAUUGAUUUCACGUCAAGGAUCAAAAAAUUAUUCUUCAAAAAUCCAAAUCUCUGCUUUUCUGCCAUCUAUAGUCAAAAUGCCACAAAUGUAGAAAAUAUGACCUAAAAAACUGAUAAUGGUCUCUUCGUCUGAGACGUUUCCUCGUGGAUGUUCUCGUAAAACUUCAUCUUCUGACGCGGAAGAACGUUUUCCAGCUUCCUGGCAGCAUUGAUCCAUCUCCUGUGUUUCUGUGGCAUGUAAUCCUGCAGACCGUCCCUCUGUGAGACGGAGCUGUUCUCUUUGAUCCCAUUUACAAAAAUGUUAUUGACUGUUACAGCGGACUGAGGAGACGCAGCGCCAUGGCGAGUCCCACAGAGCGUCCUGACUGAACAACACUCAGACCUCUGAGGGUCGUGAGGUCAUUUCGAGGUCAAUUUUUUUUUUUUUUUAUGAAAGAAAGAAAUCAGUUUGUUUUAAACUAACAUUGUGAUCGCACACCCAGUGUUUUUUAUUCUAAACUGUUUUAGGGAAAGAAGUAUGCGACCAAAACAAACGUGCCAAAAAUCCCUAUAAUCCGACACAAUUCACUGGAAAAAAAUCAAAGUAUGAAAAAAUGACUUAAAUUCAAGAUGCAAACAUGUAUUUUUUUUAAAUGAGCAGCACACUACAGACAUUAAGAAGGGACACAAUGGAUGACUUUGAGAUCCAUUCUGAAGCAAAAGGUGUUAAAAAUGACCAUCAUGCCUGUUUGCAGCUGUUUAGUGAAAGUCAUAGCAAUGUGCAAACAUCUGUUUUCCCAUGAGCCAAAGCUGGUAAAGAAAAAAAUGUAGGCAUAUUUAUGGAAUUAAGUGAUAUGGUUUAUGGUAAAAUGAUGUUCUUGGAAAACGCAAUGAUCUGGAUUUCACUGGAGAUCUAUUUGUGUGAUCAUCAUGUACACAGUAACACAUGUGAGAUCAACUGGAAUAAAAUCAAUAUCAACUUUGUCUAAAA